AGUAAAAAAAACUAUUAUUUUAGCACAGUCAGGAUGUUUCACUAACCGCCCCUGAAGGUGUACUACAGCAUACUGUCACAUAUACUCCCCUCCCUUCUCAACCCAUCUACAGAAGUGAUGCCAGCUUUAAUGCUCGUGGAAUGGAACACGUUUACUUCCUGGCCAACACGUUUCUAGAUCUUAUUCAGAGAGAUAACGUUCUUCCACCAAGUAUAAACGUGAGUACUAUACACGAAGCUGCGGAGAAAAGUCCUGAAGAUGUUCUCAACCUACUCAAAGAAAACUGGCAGGAUAUUAUGCUCCAGAAUGUUGGAAUUCUUACAACUGCAAUAUUCGGGAUAUUUCUUGCCGUUGUUAUACCGAUAACAGGAUUUUGUUUCUGUUGUUGCCGCUGCUGUGGACGGUGUGCUGCGUAUCCGGAUACGCAUUACGACAAGCGCUCUGACGCAUGCAAGCGCGUAACUAUAGGGGUCCUUGUAUCCCUGUUUGUGAUGGCAACUGUAUUCGGAGUGGUAUGCGCAUAUGUUACCAACUACUACAGUUACCAGGGUAGCCAACAGUUAACCAAGAAGGUAUCUAUCUAUCUUUAUCUAUCUAUCUAUCUAUAUAUCUAUCUAUCUAUCUAUCUAUAUAUCUAUCUGUCUAUCUAUCUAUCUAUCUAUGUAUCCAUCUAGCUUGAGGAUAGCCUG